UGGCGGCGGCUCUGCCCCGCAGGCGGAAGCGGAAGGCGGCGCGGCCCUCACGGGAGCGGGGCCCGGCCCGGCGGGGUGAGCUCGGAGCGGCGAGCGGCCCUCCCCGGCGGCCGCCAUGGCCAACCGCACGGUGAAGGACGCGCACAGCAUCCACGGCACCAACCCGCAGUACCUGGUGGAGAAGAUCAUCCGCACGCGCAUCUACGAGUCCAAGUACUGGAAGGAGGAAUGCUUCGGCCUCACGGCCGAGCUGGUGGUGGACAAGGCCAUGGAGCUGAAGUACGUGGGGGGCGUCUAUGGAGGGAACAUUAAACCCACGCCCUUCCUGUGCCUGACGCUGAAGAUGCUGCAGAUCCAGCCCGAGAAGGACAUCAUCGUGGAGUUUAUAAAAAACGAAGAUUUCAAGUAUGUCCGAAUGCUUGGAGCACUGUACAUGAGACUGACAGGCACUGCCAUCGACUGCUACAAGUACCUGGAGCCGCUCUACAACGACUAUCGGAAAAUUAAAAGUCAGAACAGAAAUGGGGAAUUUGAGCUGAUGCACGUGGAUGAAUUUAUUGAUGAGCUACUCCAUGAGGAACGUGUUUGUGAUAUCAUCCUGCCUCGGCUGCAGAAACGGUAUGUUCUGGAAGAAGCUGAGCAACUUGAGCCUCGUGUUAGUGCUCUGGAAGAAGACAUGGAUGAUGUAGAAUCUAGUGAGGAGGAGGAAGAAGAAGAUGAAAAGCUGGAACGGAUCCCAUCUCCUGACCACCGCAGAAGGGGCUACAGGGACCUGGACAAGCCCCGCAGGUCUCCGGUGGUGCGGUACCGGCGGAGCCGGAGCCGGUCCCCAAGGAGGCGCAGCCGCUCUCCGAAGAGAAGAAGGUACUCUUUAAUUCUGUUACUUAAGUGAGCAAUGUGCAUUUGUGGCACAGCUCUCUUAGAAGCUGCCUUU